GGCGGGGGAGAGGAGCAGGGAAAGGCGGCGGGGGAAUCUCGCGAGGGUUGGAGUUUUGGCGAGAGUUUGUGGAAGAUGGCGCCUGUUGUGACAGGGAAGUUUGGUGAGCGGCCUCCACCUAAGCGACUCACUAGAGAAGCUGUGCGAAAUUAUUUAAAAGAACGAGGGGAUCAAACAGUACUCAUUCUUCACGCAAAAGUUGCGCAGAAGUCGUAUGGAAAUGAAAAACGAUUUUUUUGCCCUCCUCCUUGUGUGUAUCUUAUGGGCAGUGGUUGGAAGAAAAAAAAAGAGCAAAUGGAAAGAGAUGGUUGUUCGGAACAAGAGUCACAACCCUGUGCAUUUAUUGGGAUAGGAAAUAGUGACCAAGAAAUGCAGCAGCUGAACUUGGAAGGGAAGAACUACUGCACAGCUAAAACAUUGUACAUAUCUGAUUCAGACAAGAGAAAGCAUUUCAUGUUGUCUGUAAAAAUGUUCUAUGGCAACAGUGAUGACAUUGGUGUGUUCCUCAGCAAGCGGAUAAAAGUCAUUUCCAAACCUUCCAAAAAGAAGCAGUCAUUGAAAAAUGCUGACUUGUGCAUUGCCUCAGGAACAAAGGUGGCUUUGUUUAAUCGGCUUAGAUCCCAGACAGUUAGUACCAGAUACCUGCAUGUAGAAGGAGGAAACUUCCAUGCUAGUUCACAACAGUGGGGAGCAUUUUAUAUUCAUCUCUUGGAUGACGAUGAAUCAGAAGGAGAGGAGUUCACAGUCCGAGAUGGUUACAUCCACUAUGGACAGACUGUCAAACUUGUGUGCUCAGUUACUGGCAUGGCACUCCCAAGAUUGAUAAUUAGAAAAGUUGAUAAGCAGACAGCAUUACUGGAUGCAGAUGACCCUGUAUCACAACUCCACAAAUGUGCAUUUUACCUUAAGGAUACUGAAAGAAUGUACUUGUGCCUUUCUCAAGAAAGAAUAAUCCAAUUUCAGGCCACUCCAUGUCCGAAAGAACCAAAUAAAGAAAUGAUAAAUGAUGGAGCUUCCUGGACAAUCAUUAGCACAGAUAAGGCAGAGUAUACAUUCUAUGAAGGAAUGGGCCCUGUCCUUGCCCCAGUCACUCCUGUGCCUGUCGUAGAAAGUCUUCAGUUGAAUGGCGGCGGAGACGUAGCAAUGCUUGAACUUACAGGACAGAAUUUUACUCCAAAUUUACGAGUAUGGUUUGGGGAUGUAGAAGCUGAAACAAUGUACAGAUGUGGAGAGAGCAUGCUCUGUGUGGUCCCAGACAUUUCUGCAUUCCGAGAAGGUUGGAGAUGGGUCCGGCAGCCAGUCCAGGUUCCAGUAACUUUGGCCCGUAAUGAUGGAAUCAUUUAUUCUACCAGCCUUACCUUUACCUACACACCAGAACCAGGGCCGAGGCUACACUGCAGCGCAGCAGGAGCGAUCCUCAGAGCCAACUCAAGCCAAGUGCCCACCAACGAGUCAAACACAAACAGCGAGGGAAGUUACACGAACGCCAGCACAGAUUCUACCAGCACAUCGUCCACAGCAACCGUGGUGUCCUAACUAACGUCUUUUUGCUAGGACUUAAACUGACUUGAAUGUGGCAAAAAGUUGAAAAAACAAAAAAAGGAAAGAAAGAAAGGCAAGGAUAAAAUGAACAAUCUUUUGUGGUUUCUUGGGAAAACUUCAUACCAGGUGAUCUAUUCAAAACCCCCAUUACCUGCAAGUGCUGAUGUGAAACGCAGAAGCCACAGUAAAACGGAAAACAUCAAAAUGUACAAACUGUUGGAAAUCACGGUUUUCAGCUGUCUCUCUCGCACACACCCCCUUUUUGGUUGGUUUUUGAUUGGUUUUGAUUAAAUGGUCAAGAAAUAGAUUUGUGGCUGGAGUACAGGUUAAGCUAGAAGACACAAAUCUUAACGUAGUUUUUAUGGACCAAGGGACUUGCGUAAGCUUUAGUAAAAGGUACAUUUUCACCAUGCCUUUUUAUACCACAGUAUGUAGUAUACCUUAUUACCAGUAGGUUGCACUCUCCACCCCUUUGAGCUUUGGCUCUAAAGUACAUUCAGGUUCAAGCCUGACCAUGCUUGUUCAAUCUGAGUACCGAACACUUCCAGGUUCUUUUGGUCUAAGGCUGGAACUUUUUUAAGCUGAAGUCUUAUGACUUUUUCAUAAGUUGGAAUUAUUUUGAUUUCAGCAAAUCAAAUUUUGUAAAGGCCUGCAUAUUUUUUUUAAGAUUAUAUGAAGUCUGUGCAAAAGCUUUAAAAAAAUGCCUCUGCCUUGCCUGCAAUACAUGCAAUGUAUGUUAACUUAGUCUAUUCUCAGAUACUGUUGGUAGUUAUUUCUGUUUUCCUUUUUUUUUUUUAAAAAAAAUGUAUUUAUAGUGGUAAUCCAAGAGAUUCUAACAUUUACGUGGAGUUCAGUGUGACCAUUUAGUCAUUUCCGAGUUAAUGGCACAGAACAUCACCAUUUGAAGGGUUUGCGCCUCUUUGCCUGUUCAUCAGUUUAUCUGUGUUCCAGGGUUUGUUCAGGUUUCCUUCCUUUCCCAAAUCUUGUACAUAACUUGUAUUAUGUGUAAGUUAAACAUUUUAUCUUUAACUUGGAAUGUUCCCAGUGCUUACAUUUAACAGGGUGUUUCCCACCUUGUUGGCAAAUGACAAAAAAUAUCAUGAGAAUUAUUUGCUGCCAAGAUGGUGCCCUUAGGGUAAAAUGAGGAAAGUCUCUGCAAGAUGAUCUAUUGUACUUCAUUCUCCUUUCUUUAGCCUAGGCCAGAACUUCAUAAUUCUGAAUAUAAGAUCAUAAGAUGGCUUUUAUUAGAUGAUAACUAAAUAAACUGAACUAAAUAAAAUAGCCAGAAGACAGUACCUUAGAAACAGAUAGUUGUAAGUUUAUAAAAAUACAAAUGUAACUUAUAUUUUUAUUUCCCAUUUUGCCCUUUGUUUAUUUUUCCCUAGUAGAAAUGUUCUGUCCAAUUUUUUUUUCUUUUCUGUUAAACUUUGAUUGCAUUCAGUCUUGUGUAUCAGCCUUGUGUGCUAAUAUUGCCAGUUUUUACUUCCAUUCCUGCACUUUGGUGAUGCCUUGUUCAGUUUCUUGGGAAUUGCAGCAGACUCAUUGGGCUACAUUUAGUACAGGAACCACACGUGUGUGUUAAAGGACACAGUCUAGUGAUGCCAUUCUCUUUUGUAGAGUAAAAACUACCUCUAGAUUGUGGUAAGCUUUUACUGUCCCUUAAAACAGGAGCCACGAGUACCUUCUGAUGCAAACUGUAACUUCUCCAGCAUUUUUGGUGUCUUUCUGACUCCCUGGACUUCUGAAAGUUUUCAUGUAGUCUUGCUAAGAAUCCUUUGUCAGAGCCUUGUUUUCCACCUGCUUUGUUACCCACUGUUUCCUGAAGACUGCUACUGUAAAUGCCACUCUGAACAUCUUUAAGCUGCCUCCUCCUUGGUUUUUCAAGGGGUAGGCCGUCUGUAAAAUGUGCUGGUUAAAUCUGUGGCUGCGGCUUUCUGUUACUGCCAGCCUUAAUCACCCCCAGGCUGUGCUCUGCUCACCAUUUCUCUUCAGAUCUGUUCCAGCCAGUGUCCUCCCUUCCUCAUACCUUCAUUCUGCCUCAGUGGUCAAGGGCAGAGCUCACUGUGGCCUUACCUACCUUUGCAGUAACUCUUCUCAUCUUUCCUCCAAGUACCACUCCUCGUUUGCGGUGGAAGCAGCACCUCAGACUGUUCAGAGCCUGAGCAGUCUCAGUAUCGCUGCGCUGUCCCAGGUCACACAUCUCUCCUUCUAGAUUUGGGAUUUAGUUAAGAAAGCAUUAAGUUAACUGAGAACAGAUGAGAUGCUUUUGAAGAACAAACUAUUCCUUACCCAGGUUUGUAGCUUACAGUAACUGUUCAAGUUCAUGGCUUUAUUAAAAUGAACUUUGACUUUUUAAAAUGUUUAUAUCUUAUUUUGGUUAUUUUGUUUUAUUUUGAUAAGAAUUGAAAUAACUAGACUAUAAGUCAUUUUCCGGUUUUCUUUUUUUUUUUUUUUACAAAGUCCAAGAAUGUAACAAUAAAGGCAUCUUUCCUAGAGUCCUACCACAGAAUAGAGUGAACUGAUGUCUGUUUUACCAUGUUAUUGAUAGUUCUUUUGUCAGCUGCUUUCAUUAAAAGUCAUU